UUAACUUUAUUUUAUUUUAACCAAAUUAAGGUUAUAUUCUUGGUUUUAGUCACAGGCGGACCGAAUUGUGGGGGUUUUAUAUUUUGAGCCGCUUUCACCGCGACACCAACUUCCGGUCGGCUCAGUCUGUCCACAUCAACACGGAGGACACCGAUUCUCCCCACAGGGUUUAAAAACCAGGGAACCGGCUACUGCCGCCGCUCCAUAGUAGGAUGAACGUGGGCGUGGCGCACAGCGAGGUGAACCCCAACACCCGCGUCAUGAACAGCCGCGGCAUCUGGCUGACCUACGCCCUCGGCGUGGGCGUCCUUCACAUCGUCCUCCUCAGCUUCCCCUUCUUCAGCGUCCCUGUGGUCUGGACCCUGACCAACGUCAUCCACAACCUGGGCAUGUACGUGUUCAUGCACGCGGUGAAGGGAACGCCGUUCGAGACGCCGGACCAGGGCAAGGCGCGGCUGCUGACCCACUGGGAGCAGCUGGACUACGGCGUGCAGUUCACCUCCUCCAGGAAGUUCUUCACCAUCUCCCCCAUCGUGCUGUACUUCCUGGCCAGCUUCUACUCCAAGUAUGACUCCGCCCACUUCCUGAUCAACACGGCGUCUCUGCUGAGCGUCCUGAUCCCCAAGCUGCCUCAGCUGCACGGCGUCAGGAUUCUGGGCAUCAACAAGUAUUAACGGGUCGGAACCGGAACCGACCGCAGGACAUGAUGUGAAUCAGUAACUUAUGAGUAUUUAACGGCGUUCUGGACCCGCGGGGACCUGGGCUGGCCCGGGUCGGGUUCUGUUGGACCUCAGUGACUCUCAGGAGGAGAAAUGUUUACUCUGAACUGAUCGGUACCUUCCUGGUUUCUCAGUAGAACCGCUCUUUGUUUGCAUGGUUUCCCCAGCCGGACCGGAUUGGACCGGACCGGACCG